AUGAAAUCAUCAUCACCUUCAUUUUCUCGUCAAAACAGUGAACUAAGUACAAAAAGUAAUCAUCUACCCAGUUUAUCUAUAUCUACAACCACUAGUUGUGACUCCAGUAUGUAUUCAACCUCCCCUACUUCUUCUACAAGCCCUUAUUAUUCAUCAUUGCGAUUGGAGAAACGACCUCAUUCCAUUUCUGUGCAUCGUUCGAUCACCACCACUCUUCCUCAAAGGUCUGCAUCGACUGGAUCCACCUUGUUAAAGGAAUCAAACCAAAGAUGGGAUGAUUCUCAAUUAGCCAUGGAAUUAGCAGAUGAUAACAUUACUUCAAAAGAAGGCAUCCGAACCAAAGUACGACAAUGGAUGAUUAAGAAACAACAUCGUCGGUCAUUUCAUCAAUGGUUAUCUGAUAUCAUGACCUAA